AUGAAGCUGGAGGUCGAUAAGAGUCUACUACCCAUUAAGAUUCACUUCUUCUUCUUCUUUGCUGCUCUAGGACCAAUUCUGCCACAGAUAAAUGUCUUCGGUCGCCAGUUGGGUGUGUCCGCUGCUGUCAUGGGAAUGGUGACCGCUGUGUUGCCACUUCUGUGGGCCGCUGCUAAACCUAUGGUUGGUUAUGUAGUGGAUUAUUGGCCGAACCACAGAAAACUAGUAUUUAUGCUACUUAUUAUAAUAAUGUCUGGCUCAUAUUGUUGUCUAUGGUUCCUGCAUGUUCCUGACGAGCCUGAAAAAAUCGUAGAAUCGAUAUACAACCUCAACGACACAAUAUAUAUAAAACCUCACUCAACCAUAGAUAGUUUGACACUUGACAAGUACAACUGCCACUGGAAUUGUUCCACAGACUACAAAUUUAAUUUGUAUCUAUCUAACUCCACGCACGUAAGCACAAUGUAUAUAGACGGAGCAGUGACGAAUACAUCUUGCUCGCUCUUACAUAUGCAAAUGGAGACUGGAGGGAGCGAGAUAGCAUGCCUACCGAUACAGGACUGCAAUUUACUGUGCUACGAAGCGACGUUAGAUGCGCGGGAAAAUAAUGAUGGCGGGGUUGAUGAAAGUUAUUCGAGUUUUUACACGACUGUCACGUUUUGGGGAUUUGUACUCAUGAUGAGUGUGGGGACGGUCGCGUUUAAUGUUGCUAACUGUAUUGGGGAUGCUGUUUGCUUUGAUGUUUUAGGACCGAAUGGAGGCUCAAAGUACGGUGCCCAGAGAGCAUGGGGCACAGUGGGAUAUGGCAUAACUGCUUUAUUGGGGGGCUGGCUGAUUGAUCUCUUCUCUGGGACAUAUAAGAAUUUUACCCCCGCGUUUAUUAUAGUUAUUGUGGCCACUUUUGUGGAUUUGGCCAGCUGUAGGUCGUUAACUCUACCGUCCCUUUCGAGCCCCACAGAUUCUGGUAAAGCUUUAAAAAAAAUCUUGAAGAUACCAAAAGUUGUUGUCUUCAUAAUGUUCGCGGUCGUAGCCGGAUUUUUCGACAGUUUCAUCAUUUAUUACAUGUUUUGGUUUUUAGAAGAACUAGCAGAAGUGACAGGAUCCAAAUCGAAUAUUAAACUUAUAGAGGGCACCAUUGUGGCCGGACAGAGUUUUAUUGGAGAAGUGCUGUUUUUCUUCUUUUCCGGAAAAAUAUUAAACCGUUGGGGCUAUGGCACUACUCUUACUUUUUGCCUCUUCUGCUACGGAGUGAGAAUGAUCGCUAUCUCCCUCAUACAGCAUCCAUGGCAUCUUGUCUUUGUUGAGAGUAUAAUGCAAGGUCCGACCUACGCAUUAUGUUAUUCCACGAUAGUUGGCUAUGCAGCUCACGUUGCACCUGAAGGCUACUCAGCAACUGUGCAAGGGAUUGUCGCUGGGAUGGACGAUGGUGUGGGUUUCGCUCUAGGAUCUCUAGUAGGGGGUCAACUGUACAGUCGUGCGGGGGGUAGAGGGUCAUUUCGAAUAUUGGCUGGUAUUGCACUGUUCGCUGCGGCUGUCCACGCGCUAUUGUUCGCUUGGCUCACGCGAAAUGACUCAGAACAAAAGCGACCUGAAGUGACGUCACAAGAGGAGGGCGAAAAAAUGCUAGCAUUAAAUAAUAGCAUUUAUCGGGACACCGUCGUUCCAGUUGUAUAG